UUAAGGGGGUAUCGUCUAUAUAUUGCGGCGGCCUGUCUGUGGCCACAUUGCUACCAUUGCCGUAAGCACAGACUGCGCCUGUUUAGACGUACUGUAGAAUCAGGGCACAAUUCCACCAAUGUUGCGCUGACAAUGGCAGGGGAUGGAUGGCAAUGCCGAGCUAGUGCAGCUGCAGGGUAACCGCUCGUUGGCAGUGUUGUGAGUAGGCACGUGUAUACUGACACUGUGGCACACGUGUAUAAUAAGCUUCACACUGGCACACACUAGCCGGGGCUCUUAUGCACUGUUGGUACCUGGCAGCUCUGGAGGUGGAGCGUACUGGAACUGCUUUGUGCCUUUCACAUUGUCAGAGACUGCAGCUCCUGUAUAACGUUGCGCAUCUGUAACAGCAGCGCUAAUGCCCCUCAUUGAGUCAGUGAUACGCGUUAUUGGUAAGCAGGGUAUGAGGUACAGCGGCACUCCUCUAUACGGUGUGUCAUACACGACUGGCACUCCUCUAUACGGUGUACAUUGGCACUACUGUACCCUGAGAGGGGUGAGAUACGACUGACAUUCCUGUAUAGGCUGCUCUCUGACCUUGUUGCUACUGUGCCGGGACACCCCAGUACUGACUCGUUUCCCUACGACUGAGACAUAGCCACUAGCAGCACACACAGCAGCACAUAUAUGUCAGCACACACAGCAGCAUAUAACUCAGCACACAUAUCUCUGCACAUAUAUCUCUGCACAUAUAUCUCUGCACUGUGCGGAGCCUGAAGCAAAUGUGCUGGCGAUGCUAUUGGUAGUGGAGUGAGUGCGCAAGAGUUAGUAGCAAAGGCUGUGCUGGGAGUCGUGUGGCACAUACGUUUCAUAAUAGAGCAUUGAGUGGGGUCACAGCUGGCACAUUGAGAGCAUAUUAGUGGCACGCUGUGUGCGCAGGCUUUCACUUUAGUAUAGUCCGGUAUGUAAUGGUUUGUCUUUCCAUCUAUAUGGGUUGUUUUGCAGUCAGAGAGAAGUCCUGGCUAAUUAACCCGUUCAGUGCGUCUAUUUGGGUUGUUUUGCCGUCAGAGAGAAGUCCUGGCUAAUUAACCCGUUCAGUGCCGGGGCAGCAUUGUCGCUCCCGCCCCUUCACCUUGGUUGCCUUCUCCCCCUGCGUGCGUGCGCCCCUCUCCUCCCCCAGUGUCUCUCCUCCCCUCGGAUGACGCCCUGCCCACGUUUCUCCCCUCUGGGCAUUUGUGGCUUUUUGUUUGCAGUGGAAACAAUUUCUCGCUCUUUAGCUUCCCAGUCUGCCCCUCCUCCCUCUCCCCUCCCUACUGCUCCGGACUGGCACAAGACCACGUGUCCGGUGCCCGCGGACUGGCAAACUUUGUCGGAUCAUGACGGCGGCGAAGGGGUGAACUUUCCGAUCCAGGAGUCUUUGCCUAAAUGGGUCCAGUCAUGCCUCCUAGUAAGAAGCCCGAGGGCACAGGAAUAAGUGUUUCUAGCCAGUGUUACAGGAGUAACACAUUAUCCAACCCACUCCAUGAUGAUGAUGAUGACUUGGACUUUCCACCACCUGCUGUGAAAAUCAAUAAAGAGAAAGGGGGAAUGGAAGACGAGGAGCUUACAAAUUUAAACUGGUUGCAUGAGAGCAAGAACUUGCUUAAAAGUUUUGGGGACACUGUCUUACGAAGUGUCAGUCCUGUUCAGGACAUUGAUGAUGACACCCCACCUUCACCUGCUCACUCAGACAUGCCCUAUGAUGCUAAGCAGAACCCCAAUUGCAAACCCCCAUACUCUUUCAGUUGUCUCAUAUUUAUGGCCGUUGAGGACUCUCCCACCAAGAGACUGCCAGUAAAGGAUAUAUACAACUGGAUCCUAGAACACUUUCCUUACUUUGCCAAUGCUCCAACAGGCUGGAAGAACUCUGUCAGACAUAAUCUAUCAUUAAAUAAAUGUUUUAAGAAAGUGGAUAAAGACAGAAGUCAGAGCAUUGGCAAAGGUUCUCUGUGGUGCAUAGAUCCUGAAUAUAGACAAAACCUGAUACAAGCCUUGAAAAAGACCCCCUAUCAUCCCUACUCACAUGUUUUCAACACCCCACCCACAUCUCCUCAGGCAUAUCAAAGCACAUCAGUCCCAACCCUUUGGCCAGGAAGCACCUUCUUUAAGAAAAAUGGAGCCUUACUUCAAGAUCCCGACAUUGAUGCUGCUUCUGCCAUGAUGCUAUUGAAUUCUGCCCAUGAGUUACAAGCAGGUUUUUCUCCGGGUGUGAUACAAAAUGGAGCCAGAGUGUUGAACAGAGGAAUCUUCCCAGGUGUCCGACCUUUGCCAAUUAAUCCUAUUGGAGCAAUGGCUGCCUCAGUCAGAAAUGGGAUUGCAAAUUGCCGAACGAGAAUGGAGAGUGAGCCGUCGUGUGGAUCUCCCUUAGUUAGCAGUGAUCCCAAAGAUGACCACAACUACAGCAGCGCCAAAUCUGCUAACAAGAGGAGCUCAUCGCCCAGUGACUCCAUCUCAUCCUCCUCUGCCGACGAUCACUACGAAUUUGCAGCCAAAGUCUGCAGAGAAGGCAGUGAUAUCAGCUUCCAGAGCCACGAGAGCUUCAGCGAGACAGAGGAAGAGGACAAGAAACAGAUAAAGAAAGAGUUGAAGGAGCCCCUUGUUGAGAGUGGCUACUCUUCCCAACACAAGAAAAAGCAGCAUUUACUAAAACUUCGGAGGAUCCCCAGUGAUGCCCUUCCUCUGAAAAAGAGACGCACAGAAAAACCACCUGAGAGUGAUGAUGAAGAGAUGAAAGAGGCAGCUGGGUCUCUCUUGCAUUUGGCAGGAAUUCGCUCUUGUUUGAAUAACAUCACCAAUCGGACGGCAAAGGGACAGAAAGAGCAAAAGGACAAAGAGACCACAAAAAAUUAGUGCAAAUCAUAGAUCUGUUUGGAUUUUAAAAUCAUUUCUUUCAGCACGUCAGGUGAAUUCUAAUGAUUUUGUGGCAAUAGCAACAUUUUUCCCCUUUAUUUUUAUUUUGGUGUUUCUUUUGGACCCUUGAAAUGUUUAUUUUUUAAAGGAGAUUGAAGCCAUAGAACUCAGCUAACUAACAUUUUCCGACGACAAAAUAAAAAAAACAAAAAAAAGUUUCCAAAAGCCAAAAUCACCUUCACUCUCAACCGCUCUCCAGGAAGGAAUAAAUGGUUUAUCCGGUCUCAGUGGCAACCACCUGUGUAAGAAGGGAACUGGCUGGUUUUAGGACGGGGGGCAUACCUCAGAUAUUCCUGGCUGUCGUAGCCUGUCGGCCACCAUCUCUUACAAAACAGACAGAAACAAAUGAAACCCUGUGCCAUAUAUAUGUGCUGAAUAAGCCCACAAAUGAAUCACUUUUGCCACUGUAUGAUACAUAUUUCUGUGUAGAACUGAAUAAUCUUGCCAGUUGGUGUUUAUAAAACUAGUGAACUUUGCCUUCUACUCCCCCUUUCUUUGCUGGUGAAGGUUGGCAGAAUGCUAUGUAAACCACACUUGCAGAGAAAAGCUUUCCAGUCAUUGGGCAGGGGGAUGCCAUACACUUGAAUAUUGGCUAUACUGUGCUAAAAUCCCAUAAUAUAUCACUUAGAUGUCAGAUUUACCAUUGGCUCCUCCAAAACAGCAAAUUAAAAAGAAAACAAAUGCUACAGAAACUGCCAGAAGUAUUAUGCUGACAAGGGGCAUACUAACGCACACAAGCACUGCCCUCCGAUAUGUGUUACCACGGAAACCGGAAUUCCUUUGGAUGGAAAUUCAAACUACAGUUUCAGACGCAACCAUUAGCCAGCAGCAAAUCCGAAAUUCUUAUCCACAGGUGCAUGGAUUCCUAGUCAGAAAUUGCAACCUUUUUUUUUCCAAAUUGACAACAAAAAGUUAUUGUAAGGUAAAUAAUGUAUUUAGCAUGAAGCAUGAAUUAUUUUCAUAUAAAUAGAAAAAAUAGAGAAAAAGGCAAUGCCUCUAAUUUGUAGGCCAUGGGCCUGGACAUUUUUAUUUUUCCUUUUUGUUUUUUUUUGAAGCAGGUUUUUAAGGUCUAACCUUCUUCAGGGACAAACAGUUGACUGUUGGGGAACUCACUCUCUCUCUCUCUCUCUGCAAUAUAUUGAUACAUACAAAUGUCAUUCUCUGGUAGGGCUUGGAUGGUUGAACUAAACUGCCUUGUCUGCACAUUCAGCCCUCCCCCUACUGUAUUUUUCUGUUUAUAUAAACAAAAACGUAUGUCUUUCUCCUUUUAUGUGUAUUUGUUAAACAAGAUGCAAUAAUGUAAACAAUUGGAGUAGUGAGCGUGAAUGAGAGAAUACAGGGACGGUUAUUGGAUAACAGUGUCACACACAAAAGUGCUCCUGGGUAUAGUGCACUGGGUAAAACACGAGCUCUAUUACAGUCAUGCCAACCCUGAGUGAUAAUUAAUAAUCGGCGUUAUUUUAGAUAGAGUGCGCAUUACCAUUGCCCAAGUAUACAACUUCUACAUGAUUUUAAAGGGAAAAUCCUAAUAUCGAGUAGAUUGUAACAACCAAACUCAAUUGGAGAGGUUUUUAAUUUUUUAACAUUUUCCAGUAUGUUUUGCCUCUAAUUUCAAUAUUACAGAUACCAUAAUGUAUAUACUAUUUCUGACUUUUAAAAGGGGUUGUUAAACUUUGAGUUAACUUCUAAUAUAGAGAGUAAUCCAACAAAGCAUUCUGCAUUUGGCUUUCAUUUUUUAUUAUUUGGGAUAUUUGCUGAAAUUGCAAACUUGAAAGCUGCUGAAUAAAAAGCAAAAUAACUCGCUCAUUGCUAGGGUAUAAAUUACCCUAGCAACCAUGCGUUGAUUUAAAUAAGAGACUGGAAUAUGAAUAGGAGAGGGUCUGAAAGAUGAGUAAUAAAAGUAACAUGUCUACAAAUGCGUUUUUUAGAUAGGGUCAGUGAACCCCAUUUAAAAGCUUGAUCAACUAUAAAAAAGAAUACAUAAUGAUGACCAGUUAUAAAGUUUCUUAGAAUUGUCCAUUCUAGAACAUACUAAAAGUUAACUUAAAGGUGAACCAUGCCUUUAACAUUCUAUGUUCCACUGACACUAAAACUAGCCCUUCUCCCAACUCAGCCAUUCUAUAUUGUAUUAGCACCUUACUGGGCUGUGUAUGGGGCCACAAACCACUGCCAGAUAUUGACUAGAAGAGCUGCAAAUGUCCAGCAGGCAACCUACAAAAAACUUAGGAUAAAACAGCACUGACCAUGGGAAACUCCUAUGUAUGGAUGCUGUUCAUACAUUUAUCAUGAUUCCUGUCAGUGCCAUUAAACUAGUCAUGAUAAAUCCUACAACACAGAAUCAGAAUCACCCUUUAACUUCUGGUCCAACCUACAGCUCUAUAGGUACUGGGAGAUUCUAGGAGCACUAGUUUAACCUCAUUCAUUGCAUGAUUUACCAUAUUAAUAUGUAUGAGACUCAAUCACUGCCAAUAGAAAGUGUUUUACUGAAAGGGAUAUUAAUAACAAUUUAGACAUUAGAAGCAUGCAUGUAGCAUACAAGUGACACAUACACAGAAUUAUGACAUAUUUGUUUACAUCCAGAUAUCACUGCCUGCUAUGAACUUGGUGCUUCUUUUGCAAUAAACAGAGACUUAGGGGUGCCAACAAAACACACAUAAACAAGGCAGCCCACUAAAAUCUGCCCCACAAGGAAACCCUUUAAUAAAGGUGGUUGUUAGCAAUCUUACAUAUACCUCACAGCUAAGGUCUCUAUGCACAUUUAGUCAGACCGAUUGCUCUUGAAGGCAACCAGGGAUUGUGACUUUAUUGAAACUGGUUGUGGAAUCCCCUCAGAUUACAUCAGGGGAGGAAGAACAUUUUGGAAAGGCUAUGAGUAGCAUGCUUUCCAUUGGAAUUCAUAUAAUCAUACAGUGAUAUGUGCCUCCAUUAUUCUCUAAAUUCCUACAAUAGUAAAAGUGGAAGCUGCUCUAGUGGGAAUGAAUGCAAUCCUUAGCCCAGCCAUCGCUUACAAAACAAAUGUCUGCAGGGGUUCAAUAGAUUCUCAUUAAAAGGAACACAUUUGCCACCCAACCAGCCAGUGCUAAUGUUCUUUUCCAAUCCAGAUUCUUAGCCACAAACUAGGAGCACAAUUAUGUUCAUGACUCUAUAGAUUCUUGUUCCUUUGCUAAACAAACCAAUCCCCUUGUCCGUCUCUCUGGCUCUCUCCUACCAAAGAGCACUGGCCAGUCUUAAAACACAUAAUUUCACAGAUUGUAUUCCAUUUUCUUAAACAGUUCUUUAAUUGCAUAUUCUCCGGACUGUAAAAACACACAAAUGUAAUGUGUACUUGCCAUGAUCAGUGAGGAUUGGUAGCGCCUGUAUUUGAGAGGGAAGUCGUUGUUUUCUGAUCAGCCACACUCACUACUUCAAAUUGUCCUGCUAUAAAAUGUUGAGGAGAAAAUAAUGUGUGUAUGUGUGUAUGAAAAAGAAUACAUUUUUCACUUGUAGAUCUUUUUAUUUUAAGGAUUCUGUAACAUUUCUAAAAUAUUUUAUUUUGUUGAAAAAAAAAUAGUUAUAAAGCAAUCAAAAGGGCCGCUUUGUUGUGCCAGUUGGAAGUGUCUGUGGCAACGUAAGGCUCAGUUUAAACUCUACAGGCUUUGAUCUGAUUCUAGUUUGGUACCAAAGGAAGAAAAAAAGGUGCACUCUGAGAAUCUUAUGGGUUCAUACAAACUGUUCAAGAAGAUGCAGAGUUUUAAUGCAAGAUUCAGAUUUGGCCUUGAUAUCCUAAUCUUAUCACAGAUGUCAGAGAAGCCAUGAGAUUCUCAUAGGAAUGUACUGUUCCCUUUUAGCAAACAAGGACGGAUCCAACUGUAGGUGUGGAGCUAGAAAAACUGACUGAAAUCUGCUCUGUGUACAUUAAGUCCAACUGGUAACAAUCCUGCCUUGCUGGGGUACACUGUAGCACUCUGCACAGCAACACACCAGCAAUAGUAGGACAACAAGGUCCAAAAAAAAAAAAAAUCAAACCUUAAAUGGCCAAGAUGAGGAAUAAGUACAACUGAGAAGAUACUGCCAUUCUUUAAUCUGUACUUAUUAUGUGCAACUGCCAAUGUUCUGAACCUAAAGAACUGUCAUCAAUGGAGGAGUUCUGUUUACCAAGCAAGCAGGCAGAAAGUGAGAGCAAUCAGCCGGUUAUUAGCAGAUAAAGGAAAAUGAUGAUUUUAAAACAUACUUUGCAUUUCACAUUUUCUUGAUGUGUAAUCAUAUUGCCAAAGAAAACCUAUUUCAUCGAUUAUUGUAAAUAACACUUUCCCAAAAUCUACCAUAACGUUUCUGUGAUGUAUUGUCUUCCAGUUGCAAUAAAAUUUACUGAGUUGCAUCAA